AUGAAUAACCAAGUUUUAAACGGAGUGAAAUUAAUGGAAACGGAAAAAACAGAUGAAAUAAGAGAAAAAGGUUACAACAUAUGCAGAGAAUAUUUAAACGGUGCCUGGGGAUUGAUAACACCUGAUGAAUUCAUAAUAAAAAAAUUAAGUGGAGGAUUAAGUAAUUUCUUAUAUCUUUGCGCAUUGCCAGACAAUCGAUCUCCGAUUGGUGACGAGCCUACAAAAGUUUUAUUAAGAAUUUACGGUCAAGAUCAUUCUGACGCACAAACUAAAUUCAUAACAGAAUGCGUUAUAUUUACAUUGUUAUCGGAAAACAACAGAGGGCCAAGACUGUAUGGUGUUUUUCCAGGGGGACGUUUGGAAGAAUACAUACCGGCGAGACCUUUGAGCACGGAUGAACUUUCCGAUGAUAAUCUUAGUCUCGUGAUUGCUGAUUCAAUUGCUGAAAUUCAUUCCAUGAAUGUUCCUCUAUCGAAAGAACCAAGAUGGUUAUGGGGUUCAAUCGAAAGUUGGCUGAGAAAACUUGAAAACAAGAAAGAAGUACUCAAAGUGAAUAAUUUACUUGGUAACGACUUGAAAGAAGAAUUAAGAUGGUUAAGAAAUUACUUGUCAACAAUUAGAUCUCCUGUUGUUUUCUGUCAUAACGAUCUGCAAGAAGGAAACAUAUUAAAAAAGACAAAUGUUGAUGAAACAAAUCAAAAAACUAAAAAUUUAAUGAUAAUAGAUUUUGAAUAUUGUUCGUAUAACUACAGAGGAUUUGAUUUGGCUAAUCAUUUUUGCGAAACAAUAAAUCCUUUGAUAAGUAUUAAAAUGAGCGGAAAUCCGUUAGAAAAAUUCGUACGAAGAUAUUUAUCCAAAUUAAACAAAUCUGAUGGUGACGUAUCAGAUGAAGAAGUUGAUGAUGUAUUAAAAGAAAUUCGUGCAUAUACACUUGCUUCUCAUAUGUAUUGGGGUAUAUGGAGUGUUGUUAAUUCAGUGACAGCAUUGAUUGAUUUUGAUUAUUGGAGUUAUGGAAAAUAUAGAUUCAAUGCAUAUUUAAAUCAUAAAAUGUCUCUGUUUGAAGAUGAAGAAGAAGAAUCUCAAUUAAUUGUUGUUGAUUCAGUUUUACAAAGAACAGAAGGUAAAGAUGGCAUUACAAUUCCACGUGCAAGAUCAUCAUCACUAAUAGAAACAAAUUAA